AUGCGGCUGUCGACCAUUCCCACUUACAAGAGGUUCUACUCUUUAAAAUAUACGCUCACGAUCUUCGUUUGCUGCUUUAGUAAGCCCUGGCCGUCCUCGUUACCCUCGACAGGAAUCACAGUGAACGUAGCACCUACAGAUUCUCCCAUUGGGAAUAGUAUGUCUUCGGGACGCGAUGCUUACGUAGAAAGGAAUUCCCUAUCUUCGAGGGGUAAUAGAAUAAAGACAUUCGACAGUGAUCGACUUUGGGUUGACUCUUAUAGUAAAAGGACGCACAAAGUUGAUGGACGUGGAGGCCUUUCACAACUCUAUUCUCCUGAGGCAUUUAACUCAGUGGAUACAGAAGCAACUAUAACAGAUUCACAAGAGCCAAUGUUUGCUGCACUCCACCAUUGCGAUCCGAAACCAGAAACAAGGCGUGUCUUCUACACGCUUGCAAGCUUUUUAAGUGAAAAUGAUGGGUAA